AAUAUGAGUUCAUGGAUUGAUUUAGAAUUUAGAUUGCGUAAUAAUAAAACAAUCGAUAAAAACAUUCAAGACCAAAUUAAUAGAGAUAGAGAACAUUGGAAAAAUGUAUUGUCAAGAAUUAUUUCCGUCAUAAAAACUCUUGGAAGAAAUAAUUUGGCGUUUAGGGGGGAAAAUGAAAAAAUCUAUCAAGAAAAUAAUGGAAACUUCUUGAGUCUUAUUGAAAUGAUUGCAGAAUUUGAUCCAAUUAUGCAAGAACAUAUUCGACGAAUCAAACAUGAUGAAAUUCAUAAUCAUUAUCUUGGACAUAAUAUACAAAAUGAAUUAAUAAAUUUAUUGGCAAGUGAAAUUAAGAACAAGAUUAUUGAAAAAGUUAUAAAAAAACAAAUGGAUGAUACAAGUGGAAAAGGUCUUUUUGAAGUUAUUUUAGAUGAAAUAAAAUGUAUUGGACUUGAUAUUGAUAAUUUAAGAGGACAAGGAUAUGAUAAUGGGUCUAAUAUGAAGGGAAAACACCAAGGAGUGCAAAAAAGACUUCUUGAUAUAAAUCCUAGAUCAUUUUAUACACCAUGUGGUUGUCAUAAUCUAAAUUUGGUACUUUGUGAUAUGGUUAAUUCUUGUACGAAAGCUAUAUCAUUCUUUGGAGUGGUACAACGUAUAUAUUCACUAUUUUCUUCGUCUACUAAGCAGUGGAAAAUUUUAAAAGAUAGUGUACCUAGUUUAACAUCUUAA